ACAGACACACGGCACUGUGUCUCUGCUGGCAGCGAACGCACUGGGUGUCCCCAUCCGUCAGACGGCCAUUGAAAUUUUCCUUCGCUGGUGCGCGCUGCUGUCGUGUGGUCAGUGUGUGGAGUCUCCGAAACAGAGUGUGUGCGUGUUUUUUUUCCCUUCUUCUGCCCCGUGCGUGACGACGACGACGACGGUGCGUUGCGGUACUGUGCUGGGCCGGGCGUGGAAGAGGUAUCAGCCAAAUCGGCCAGGAAAAGAAAACAGACGCAACACACGCACGCACACAUACGCGGUCUCGGGUGAGCCUGAUUUGGGAUAAUUGAAUCCACCUCCAGGGCGGACAGAGUCUCCAAAGCAAAAAAAGGGCAGCACAACCCAAGAAAGCAACGGUGCUGCCCAUUUUGCUUCAACUCUAAAUUGUGCGUUUGUGUCUGUGUGUGUGUGUCUGUGCACCAGAGAUAGAAGUGGUGAGCAAAGGGAAAAUAAGAAACAUUGUGUGUGUAUGUGUGUGUGUGUGUGUGGGUAGGUGCGUGCAAUUAUUAGUUUAUUUAAAAGGUUGAAACACACACAGAAGUGGUUCGUGCGUGCGUGCGUGCGUGCUUGUGUGGCCAUGGGACCAUCGCGAUCCACUUAGAGCGCUGCCUUCUCGCCUCCCUUGCUCUCUCUCUUUCUCUCGUCAUUGCCAAACCCAUCCUUCACCCCUCAGCCCCCUAUCAAACGUACAGGAGCCAGGAGCGUGAGCCGCCACCGCAGCCGAACGGCUCACAGGACGGCUCCAAUUUCACGGCCAUCACACGUGCGGCGAAUGCAUAACAAUCAGUCGGGUCGUGCCGAUCCACACCGGACCAGCAACGGUGGGGUGCAACGUCCAUCCAUCGUCAUCCAUCAGCAGCAGCAGCAAGAUUAUCCCCGGGAACGGGCGGCAGGCGGCGAUUCGGACGAAACAUCCCUCCCACCGUGUGCCGAAGCAGCAGUAGCAGCGACAGACCAGAACAGCGGACGAGUGUAUGUGUGUGUGUGUGUGUGAUAAAAGAUAGAAAAAGCGCGUAAGGGCGCACAUCGUGCAAGUGCAAGAAACCCGUGUAUUUGCGCGUGUGAAAGAGAGAAAGAGAGAGAAAGAGAGAGGCCCACACAUACUCACGGAGAGGGACGGAACUUUGCCUCAGCUAUCAGUAUUUCGAUACGGGUCCGCCUCUAUCGGAGGUCGGAUUUGCGUCCACACAGCAGCACAGCUUUGCUGUUUGUUUUCUUUUUUUUUUGUUAACUUGACCAGAGGCAACAGUUUUGGCGACCAUCAACACUCUGCAAACACACAGACACACACACGCGUUUAAUCCAGGAGGUGGUCUGGCCCUCACCCGCCGCUUGCAUGACGCGAACGUUCCAGUAAGUCCCUCCUUGCCCGGGGACCCGCAACAAUCAAUCGAACCAAUUGCCAAAAAUAACCAACAACGGAAACCAACCCCCGUUCGAGGUACGACAAACGCCGCUCCUUAUCAAUCAACCCAUUGUCGCUGCGAAGGGAGAGCAGCGGACGAAGGAGCCGCUCCAGGCGGGCGCGUAGUGUGUUGCGAAAAUGCCGAAAUGUGACGUGAAGACGAGAUACAUCCCUGCCACCUUCGCCUGGACCCUGCUGCUCAGCACCACCUUCCUGUUUUUCUGGUACCCAUGCCGCCAGUUCUACAUCCACCGGCAUCCGUGGGUGCCGGCCUACCAGGCCGUCAUCACCUUCUUCGUGAUCGCCAACUUUACGCUGGCAACGUUUAUGGACCCGGGCGUGAUACCGAAGGCACCACCAGACGAAGACCGGGAGGAUGAGUUUCGGGCGCCGCUGUACAAGAAUGCCGAAAUCAAUGGCAUUACCGUGCGGAUGAAAUGGUGCGUCACGUGUAAAUUCUACCGGCCGCCACGCUGCUCCCACUGCUCCGUGUGCAACCACUGCAUCGAGACGUUUGAUCAUCACUGCCCGUGGGUGAACAACUGUAUCGGCCGGCGGAACUAUCGGUUCUUUUUCUUCUUCCUCAUCUCGCUGUCGGUGCACAUGCUGAGCAUCUUCUCGCUGUCGCUCGUGUACGUGCUGCAGAAGGAGAAGGACAAGCUGACGGAGGUGGAACCGAUCGUGGCCAUGAUACUGAUGGCCAUCGUAACGCUGCUCGCCAUACCGAUCUUCGGCCUGACCGGCUUCCACAUGGUGCUGGUGUCGCGCGGUCGCACCACGAACGAGCAGGUGACCGGCAAGUUCAAGGGCGGCUACAAUCCGUUCUCGCGCGGCUGCUGGAACAACUGCUGCUACACCCAGUGCGGCCCACAGUACCCGAGCUUGCUCAAGCCGCAAAAGUAUGUGGCCCGCCGCUCGAACAAGGAAAACCAAUCGAUCAGCACCAUCACCAACGACGGUGGUCCCGGUGGUGGUGGUGGUGAUGCUGCCGGCUCGGGCCGCCGGCACAUGCCGACCGGUGGACCCGGUUCCCAGCAGCAGCAGCAGCAGCAGCAGCAGCAACAGCAGGCACUGAAUCAGGGCGGUGGCAUCUACGAUAAUAACCGGCACACGCAGGUAAAAACCUAUAUGGAUCAUGGAAAUGGUCACGGUAUACGUACAGUUGGAUCCAGUCAUUACAGUAAGUCUGCGGCGGAUUACGUGCAUCUCGUAUCAUCCCAUUCCGUCUCGCUAAAGGCACUCACGCAGGGCACCAGUGCGGAUGAGCUGUCACCGGGUCGCGAGUGCUCCGACAUCGACAUGGAACCGCAGGCCUCCCAGAGCCGGGACUGCGAACCGACGCCACCGCUGCAGCGCCACGGCUCCAAGAGCAACUUCUUCCUGCCACCGCUCGACGGUCCCGGCGGCAUGGUGUCCCAGGUGGGUAGCGGGGGCGACUCGCCGCGCCAGCAGCAGCAGCAGCAGCAGCAGCAUAUGCGCAUGUACCAUCCGCGGCAUAGUCCGCAUCCGCGGCAGCGCGGGCUCGAUCCGUCGCGCAGCUUCACGCCCGAAGGACUGUCGCCCGACCAUCCCGGUGGACCCGGCGGUCCACCGCCGAUGAUUACGAUACAGUCCCAGCAGCAGCAGCAGCAACAGCAGCCACGUGGAGGAGGUCCUCCAUCGUCGGCUACUCCGACCAUGCAGCAACGCAUCAAGGCGCUCGGUGUCGCCACACCCCUAGCCAUGUCCAGUCCCGUGCGAAGAUCGAACCCGGGCACACCGACGCAACCGAGAAGGCCCGACUUUAUCAGCGUUGGCCAGCAGCAGCAGCAGCAGCAACAGCUCGGUGGGAGCGGCACCAUGACCGGCAACUACUACGACUUCCCGCUCCAGCCCCAGCAGCAGCAGCAGCAGCAGCAACUUCCACCACAGUCGAUGGCACUGCACCAGACAACAGGUCUUCCCCCCCAGCAUCCGUACCAUCAGCAGCAGCAGCAGCAGUACCCGAUGGCAGUGCACCAUAAUGGCGGACUAGCCGGGCCGGGAGGCCAACCGUCCCAGCAGCAGCUGCAGCAGCAGCAGCAGGCGCUCAGGGGCAGCAAUGCCGGACCGUCGGUCGUGUACCAUCACGGCAGCCCGCAGCGCCGGUACCUGUCCGAGGGCGAGCUCGUCCGGCAGGGGGCGGAGCUGUCGUACGCCCGCAACAACCAAACGUCGGAUAACAUCCGCGAGCUGGCCGGCAGCCCGCAGCGGGGCGUCUACCUCUGGAAGGAUACGUCGCCCGGCUUCAAUCAGCCGAACGGCGGGCCCCAGCAGCAGCAGCAGCAGCAGCAGCAGCAGCAGCAACAGCCGCUGCCCUCGGUCUACCAGAACACGCCCAGCCCGACGGCACCGCACCAGCAGCAGCAGCCCCUGCCCCAGUCCAUGGCCCCGUUCGGCACGGUCAGUGCCGCCCGGUACCAGCUCCAGCAGCAAAGCAGCCUAGCGAACGCCGCCGGCGGGCUCGGGGGCGGCUCCGGCGGCCUCGGCGCCUACCAUCCGGCGCUCCGGGGCGGCGUGCCCGUCUUCCCGCCCCAGCCACCGAUGCAGCAGCAGCAGCAACAGCCGCUUGGCCAGCAGCAGCUGAACGGGCCCGGUGCGGCCGGCGGCGCCGGUCCCCAGGCACCGUCCCCGUCGAUCAAGCGGAAAGCCACCCCGACGCGGCCGAUGUCGUUCGUGCGGGCGCUCGAAAUGACCGACUCGAUGGAGCUGGGCGGCGCACCGGCCGGGCCGGCCAACGCGAACGGUGCCAGCGCGAAUGGGCCGACCUCCAGCGUCGCUGCAGCUGCCGCCGCCGCAGCCGCCGCCAACGCCACCAACACCUCACCGCCCGACCAGCGUGCCAGCGUGUAUGACAUGAACUACGAGAUUUCAGUGUAGGCGAGCGGCACUUAACACGGCAACAUCACACAGAUGUGGAGGAAGCGCAACAAAAGCAACAACAACAAAAGAAAAAAAAAACCAGUGAGAGGGGAACCACUUACUCAAAACCCUUCUUCUUGUAUCCAUCCCGGCCAAUCCUCACACCCCCGUCCCGUGAGAACGUUGUUACAUCCCUGAAGUGGUGGUGGUGGUGGGGGAGCAGUUUCUUUUUUGCUAUAAACAUGUAUUUAAAUACUUUUACACCUGGCUGGUUGCACAUGUGGCGGCGUACGCGUACAUACAGCACCCGCUUUGAUUAGUUGUACUUGUAUGGAGACAGGGAUAAGGCUAAGACAGAGAGAAAGAGAGAGAGAGAUAGUGCGCAUCAGGAAAAGAGCCAGCUGGAGAAAGUUGUUGUUAUGUAGUAGUUAGGACGUCAGCGAUCGUUUUCCCUCCCGUCAGCGGCGACACACAACGAAUUCCGUCACUUCAGGGUUUAGGGCAAAAGCUCCAAUCUAUCACACACACUCACACACAUAUGGACACACACACACACACACACACACACACACACACACACACACACACACACACACACACACACACACACACACACACACACACACACACACACACACACACACACACACACACACACACACACACACACACACACACA